AUGUCGUCUGCCGUAGCAGAACUAGAAGCCGGGCUGCAGGGCAUGCUCGCACUGAAGCCCCCCGGAGUAUCGGGAUCGCGAAUCACAAAUAUUACUGCACUAUGCGUCGCCAACGUCCAGUCCGAGUCGGUUCUUAUACAGAAGAUCUUCACCCAUUUUAAGAGAACCCCUGGUACGCACAAACUGGGAGUGCUCUACGUCGUAGACUCUGUAACACGAAAGUGGAUGGACCAGGCCAAGGCCCAAGGGCAGCCCAUAGGCAUGUCCGCACAGGACGGGACAUUUGCAGCCGGCGUGUAUCGAGUGACUGAACUGAUGCCCAUGUUGAUGAACGACAUCAUCGUGACGGCACCAGAGGAUCAAAAGGAGAAGAUUAAGAAACUCGUCGAUAUAUGGGAUAAGGGCCAGACAUUCCCUCCUUCCAUGGUUAACUCGUUCAAGGAGAAACUCAGUGCUCCGCGACCACAAAAUGACUCGACAACACCGCCGGGCAGCCCGCCGCCCAACUUACUAGGAACCCUAGCCUCGGGUUCAGCAAGGCUAGCUGCGCCGCCACCGCCGCCGCCGGCAAUGCCCAACAUCAUGGAGACGCUUGCAAACAUUGCGCGGCAGAACGCGACAACAGCGCAGAGUAAUCCCUCCCUAAGUGCUCCGGCCCCGGUUUCCGCUCACCAUAACCCCAUGUUCAGUCCUGUUGGUGGUCUGCCCAGUAAUGGCGCGUUGCAGCGCGCCCAACAAGUGCCCGUACAAACGCUGCCUCAGCCUGGCAUGCCGUUCCUGCCCACGUCUCAACCAGCUGUCCAGCCUGUAAACGUGCCCUCAGCCUUGAAUUAUGCGUUUCCGCCGCCCCCACAGGCUCCAGCCGCGCCGGCUCCGGCUCUGCUCAAUGGUGGUGCAAGUAAUCCGGCGGCCGCAUUUAAUCCGACCAAUCCGACGGUCCAGCUCGUCGCCGCACUCGUGGCCCAGGGUAUGCCUAUUGACAAGAUCACAUCCGUAAUCCAGAUGAUGGGUCAGGGCGGCGCAGCACCCGCGGCUCCGCUGCAGCAGGUAGCCCAGCCCGCACAAGCUCCCUACGGAGGACCAUCAUCUGCAUCAGGCCAGGCUCCUUGGGAGACUCCGAGAGCAGAUGACCCGCGUGACCGCAAUGGCUUCCAUGACGGCCUGAGAUCGCCGAACCGCCCCCGUGGCCGUUCCCGGUCCCGGUCCCCCCGAGGCUGGGAUGUUCAUGCAUCGCCUCGCGGACGUGGGAAUGAUCGUGGCUUUGAAUAUGGACGUGUGCCUUCGCCAACUGGCCGACCACGGCCCGACGAGAGAGAGCGGGACCGCGGCAGAGGCGGACGCAUGCCCGAGUACCGGCAGCGAUCUCCUCCCGGCCGCCGUGCCCAGAGCCCCCCUGCCCGGGGAGAGGCGGUCCCCGAGGAAAAGUGGGUCGACUAUGACACCAGCAUCCCCAGUGGCUGCAUCAAGGUUUAUAGCCGCACGCUCUUUGUCGGCGGUGUAACUUGCUCGGACAAUGAACUCCGCCAGAUCUUCGACCGCUUCGGACAGGUCCAGACGUGCAUCGUGAACAAGGAUAAGCGCCACGCCUUUGUCAAGAUGUUCUACCGCAAGGACGCCGAGGCCGCCAAAAACGCCAUGGAGGGCCAGCGGAACCAAGACCUCCAGCUUCGGACGAGAUGGGGCGUCGGCUUUGGCCCACGCGACUGCAGCGACUACCAAAGCGGCAUAAGCAUCAUUCCCAUCACGAAGCUCACAGACGCCGACCGGAAAUGGAUGCUCACCGCCCCAUACGGCGGCAGCGGUGGCCGUCCCAUACAAACAGGCCUUUCAGUCGAAGAGCCCGACAUCGAAAUCGGCGCCGGCGUCUCCUCCAAAGCCAUCAGCAGGCGCAUGCAGACCGACAAGGGCGGUAACCACGGGCCCAAGUCAAGCCGGCGAGACGACGACGCAGGGCCUAGCCCUGACGGCCAAGGCAACGAUCUCGCUAACUCCCACGACCGCGGUGAGCGUGUCGAGCGCGGAGGCGGUAGUGGAGGCGGCGGCGGCCGUUGGCGUCACGGCCGCGACAGGCAUCGGAACCACAGCGGCCACAACGGAGACGGCAGACGGGAUGAUCGAAACGACAGGAUGGGUGGCAAUGACGACCCGAUCGUCAUGGAUCUUCCCGCCGGCAUCACUAUGGGGCCAAAUGGGAUCAACUAUCCGCCCAACUUUGCCUUUGGCACAGCCAGCCAUUAG